CCGGCGCCUAAAGUACUCCUACUCAUAAACACAUUUAGACAUACACGGUACAUAUUGGUCCAGGAUUAUAUUUAAGCGUAUUUUACCUGGUUUAGUCAGUCCACGGUAUGUAAACGUCAGCUGGCGACUGGCGAAAGUAAUAUACAACUGCCCUUCCACACCAAUGUGGAGAUAUACCAGUGAAUACUAGAGUAGCAUGCUAUAGAGUGACCCAGAGGUUGCAUUUCAAGUUUUAUAUACGCUACUAGACAUGGCUGUGUAACCCUAAGGCACAGCCAAGUGUGAAUAUGUCUUAGGGUUACAACACUGGAGUCAAUAGAUACUAGGGUUAUUAGAAACGACACAAAGUGGUCUGUUUCAUUGCCUAUGAUGAGGUCGUCUAGACCACAGUGAUUCAGUUUAAAUGAUUGACCCGGCUAGUCAAAAUGCAGUUCUUCUUGCUCUCAUUUUUGGUGACACCCAUGGUCAACUACCUGGGUAACCCAAAACGCAUAUGGAACCGUUAUAGGUCAACCGCCGGACGUGAACUCGCUCUGUUGAUUCUCGUGGCACUGGUAUGCUUCCUCAACCUAAAGGCUGAACUAAACUACUUUGAGCAUUUGAAAGUCACCCCUCACAGUUCAGUGGAGGCUAUUAAGAAAUCAUUCAAAAGUCUGGCCAUACACUUGCACCCAGACAGGAACACCUCAAAUACAGCAACCACGGAUUAUGUGACGCUAUCUGGAAUGUACAAGCAACUGGUGAAUCGCCGUAAAAGAGAGUUGUACACCAGAUAUGGAGAUAUUUUUCGCGGGAAAAUUGACAAACUGGUGGACAUAGGUCCCAUGGACGUGCUGUACGUGGUUCUCAUGAAUAGCGCAACAGCGAUGAUCGGAAUGUGCUUCACCGUAUUGGUACACGGCAGCUCAGUGAUCAACAACGGAGCAUUGUUGUACGAAUUAUUCUGCUUCCUGCUAGAUGUAUACCUGCGCUUUUCACCAGACGCCACUGACUUUUUAUGCGGAGUGCCCAUACUCAAUAGGUACACUGUAUUUGAGUUGAUAGAGUUCAUGAGGUCUUGCCGCGUUAUAUUCAUGUACUACUCCAAUAUUAUGGGCAACGAUAAAAAAGAAGUCCAGCUGAAAUCAGCAAUGUCAGUAGUGCGCAACAACGUGGCAGCGAUACAAGUACUGGACAACCAUAUCACCACCAUGAAUGCCAUGCUGACCUCGAAGCCCACCUCAGAAGAUAGCGAUAUAGCAUGGCGUGGAAGUCCUACCGUAGAAAAAAACUACGAGGAAAUAUGGAAUGCCGCUAUACUAAAGUCAGUGGACAAGAGUAAAUUUACAAAUGAGGGAGUUGUUGCCAAGUUCUGCAAUAGGAGAGAGAAACGUAACAUCCUAUGGCUCUCAAGGAAUCGAAAUAUCCUACGUAAAUUCAUUAGGCAAGCGGAACAUGCACUUGAUAGAGGUGGUUUCCCAGUGUUCAUAUUCAUUAUGACCAUGGCCAUACUGUGGCUCAUAACAUAGAGUUAGGGCCACUAGCAAUGUUGAAUUUGAUUUAACGGCGAUGCAUAGUAGCCAACUAUAUGUGUAAUAAACUGAAAGCUAGCAU